AGGGCGAGAAGAACGUCGUCGGGUGGUACGCUGACAUGAAGGCGGUGGACAUCAGGGAAGCGGUCAUGUGCGCGUGCGACGCCAUCGUGGACGGGGGCUUCGUGCUGCGGGAGGUGGAGCUCUGCGAGGACGGCGAGGCCUCCGCCGAGCCCAAGGAGGGCGGGAGGGAGUUCCGCUUCGAGGACUUCCACCAGCUGGAGAGCGGCCAGAGCUACGUCAUAGUGCCCGCCAAGGAACGCGAGGACCUGAAGAACAUCACUGGAGAUCGAUGGCGCCGCAUGAAGGUGCAGAUCGAUCCGUUCAUGCACGUGGAGGCGCAGAAGGCGAUCGACCGCAUGCGCCGGGGCUCCAAUCUGCUGAAGCACACCACGUGCGGCUUUCCGCAUCUAAGGCAGUUCCAGCUCAGCGACGACCGGAAACGCCUCAUCUGGUACUCGGGGAACAAGGACAAGGACAAGUCCGUGGUGCGGCUGGAGGAGGUGACGGAGAUCCGCCUGGGGCAGACCACGAAGGUGUUCUCGCACUACCGCCUGCCCAUGCUGGAGCACCUCUCCUUCUCGCUGGUGAUCGGACCGAAGGAGUCGAAGACCCUGGACCUGACCUGCAAGGACGAGUUCGAGUUCGACCACUGGGUGACCGGCCUCAAGCUCCGCGGCGCCCGCGGCGCCAUGUCCUUCCGCUACGGGGGGGGGUACGGCGAAGGCCUCGGGUACGGCGCGGGCGGCCUCGGCGGCGCGUACGGCGCGGGCUCCGCGUACGGCGCCAGCGGCCUCUACGGCGCGCACGGCGCGCGCGGCGCGGGGGGCGCGGACUGCGGCACGGCGUGCUGCGCGAGCACCACCGCCUGCAUGGGCUGCGGCCCCGGCUGCGGCGUGGCCUGUGCCGAGGGCUCGGGCUGCGGCGGCGGCGGCGGCACGAUCCUGAGCUACGUGGGCCCCGGUGGUGACUACGUCCAGGAGACCACCUACAGGUACGUGGGCAUGGGCGCGGGCGAGUUCGGGGCGGUCCGCAUCCCCGGGCGCGGCCCGAACUGCUGCCUGAUCUGCCUCGUGCCCCUGGGCCUGUCGCUCCUCCUGCUGCCCCUCCUGCUCUUCGCGAUGGCGCCGGGCUCGACGACGACCACGACGACCACCACCACCACCCCGUUGAUCAUCACGACCACCCCGCCGCCUGAGACCACCAAGGCCACCACCACCGAGAAGACCACGGUGUACUGCUGCCUGCACGAGGGCAAGGGUUGCCCGACGACCCCUGCCGCUCCCAGCACCAUGCCGGCGCCAGUAUACGUGCCAGUGGUAACGACGGCGAGGAGCACCACCUCCCCGUGCCCGAUCGAUUGCAACGCUGGCUAUAACGACCUCGACCCGCUGCAGUGGGUCCGCGGCUGGUCUGGCGAGAAGAAGCUGUAUUGCUGCAAGACCGCGAACAAGGGCUGCCCGUCGGAGCUGCCCCCGCCCUCUGGCGCGCCCCCUUCCAACGCACCCCCGGAGCCGGACAACAGCGUGUACGACUGCAACGCGGGCUAUCUCAGGAAGAUCGAGUACUGCUGCAGCAAGGAGCACAAGGGCUGCAAGGGCGAGGAGCCGGAGUGA